CUGUCCGCUCCGCACUCACGCCAUCCGCAUCGCAUGUGCGCACCCUUUCCGGCUCCGUCCUCCGCCGCGUCAGAUCGGUCCUCGCUCGCCGAGCUCUAGCCCGCCCGCCGCCGAUCCCGAACCCGCCCCGGAAACCGCGAGCGCCUUGCGGAUCGGAGUCGCCUCGCGGCGGCGGGACCGAUGGGCGAGGAGGCCAAGUACCUGGAGACGGCGCGGGCCGACCGCUCCGUGUGGCUCAUGAAGUGCCCCCCCGUCGUCUCGCACGCCUGGCAGGCCGCCUCCUCCUCCGACGCCAACCCCAACCCCGUCGUCGCCAAGGUCGUCCUCUCCCUUGACCUGCUCAGCUCCGAGGAGCCUUCCCUCCAGUUCAAGAUGGACUUGGCUCAAACAAACACUGGCAAUACACCAAAGAGUUACUCUUUGAAUAUGUUCAAAGAUUUCGUGCCCAUGUGUGUUUUCUCCGAGUCUAACCAAGGGAAACUUUCAUGUGAAGGAAAGGUGGAGCAUAAAUUUGACAUGGAGCCUCACAGUGAUAAUUUGGUGAACUAUGGAAAGUUAUGUCGUGAAAGAACACAAAAGUCCAUGAUUAAAGCUAGACAAGUUCAGGUACUGGACAAUGACCAUGGGAUGAGCAUGAGACCAAUGCCUGGUAUGGUUGGUCUAAUACCUUCUGGUUCGAAGGAGAAGAAGAAGCAGACACCAACGAAACCAUCUGAUGUGAAAAGAACUCGUAGGGAUCGCACAGAAAUGGAAAAUAUUAUAUUCAAACUUUUCGAAAGGCAGCCCAAUUGGGCACUAAAGGCACUAGUGCAAGAAACUGACCAACCGGAGCAAUUCCUGAAGGAGAUACUGAAUGAUCUCUGUGUGUACAACAAACGAGGACCGAACCAGGGGACGCAUGAGCUCAAGCCUGAAUACAAGAAAUCCACAGGGGACACCGAUGCUGCUUGAAGAUGCUAGUCCAUUUAACUGUUGUUGUAUGGCUGAGAUACUGACGACUUAUUGGGCUGACGUUCCGAAUCGUUAGUUCUCUAUUAAUAGCUCUUGCUGAGUGUAUGUAACAUCAGAUAAUUCAGUUACAUUUGAUUGCUUUAUGAGGCAUUGUUUGUACAGACAAACUGAUGCAAACAUUGAUUGCUGUAAAAGAAAAAAAAAAUCUGAAACCACAAGGAAGAUUGUGAGUUCCAGGAUAAAUGUGUCUCAUGGGAACCCCGAUGAGGAUUUGACAUGUAUA